AAGAUGUAAAGGACAGGGAGAGUCUCAAGUUUGACCUUUUUUUCCUGAGUGAGAAAAUGAAGCACUAACAAUCCUGUGAACAUUUUCUGGAUCUUCAUCCUGGAGAUAAUAAUAAUAAUAAUAAUAAUAAUAAUAAUAAUAAUCACACUUAAAACCUCAGCGAUUUUUCACGCACCACGGUGGCAGUAAGUAUCGCGAUAUCACGUGAUAUCACGGUAUAUCGUUCAGCUCGCAGGUCCGCGCUGCUUCUCCUCCCCGAGCGGCGGCUGAGCGCGUGCGUUCAUUCACCUGCGGAAUCGCCGCGCACGCGCCAGCACCGGAGCGUCAGACGGAUGGAUUGGUAGCUGGAAAAAAUGGAUGGAUGGAGAGAUAGAAGGAUGAAAGAGAACAAAGCGCGAUAAGAAGUUGGAUUUUUUUUUUCAGGUGCGCGCGCGCGAGGUUGAUGCAGUGCUCUGCUCCGAUUUUUCCCCUGUUUCCUCUCGUUGUGCGCGCGCGCGAGUCGCUGGUGAUCAUGUAGAUACUGGAUUUCUCCAAGAUCUCCGACACAAGCCCAGUCAAUGCAGAGGAACCGCCGUGUGAUGUAGGGAUUUCUUUUUUCCUUCUUCUUCUUCUUUUUCUUCUUCUUUACAGCGAGUUGUAAUGGAUUUUCUUUGCAGAAAUGCAGAGUGGUGUGUUCUGGAAUCAAACAGAGGCGCACGAGUGUGUGAGAUGGAACGCGUGAAAAGUGCUGGAGAUGGGAAUGGAGGAAUGAAUCCUGACCCGUGAGGAUCUUACAGUUUGAUUCCGCAGCAAUACAGCAGACUAUUUUAAGCGAUUUCCUUUCCAGACAACAAACCCCCUGGAGAACAGAGUGCAGGAGCAUGAAGGAGUCUCCGAGCUGAGGAGAGGAUUUAUUUCCACUUCUUUUUGUUCCUCGGCGUGUUUUACACUUUGCAGGUUGGAUCGGGCGAAAAGAGGAACAUCUCAGCAUCUGCUCCUGGAGCGACCUGCGGUGUGGAGUAGUUUUGGAGUUAUGUAAGACGUACUUUGUGAUCCGUUGGGAAAUCGCACUUCAGUGGGUGGACGUUGAAUGGUGGUGAAGGAUCUUUAUUUAGAAGAAAUCCACAGCAUCCUCGCUCCUGGUUUAGGCUCUGCAGUAGCAGCGGAAAUUGGAUGUCACACCAGGUCGCUACGGUGUCACUAUGACCUCCGAGGAGGGUCCCGGACCACUGGCCAUGAGCCAGAUGGGAGCUGGGCUGCAUGAGGACUACGGCCAUGUCCAAGGGGAUGACAUCAUAGAGGAGGUGGGGCCAGGUGAUGAUGUCAGCUAUGACCUCAGUGCGCUGGUGGUUCCCUUCCCGGAGUUGGCACCUGUGGUGUUCUUCUGCCUCAAGCAGACCACAUGUCCUCGUAACUGGUGCAUCCGCAUGGUGUCCAGUCCAUGGUUCGAGCGAAUCAGUAUCAUGGUGAUUCUUCUGAACUGUGUGACUCUGGGAAUGUACCAGCCAUGUGAGAACAUCGACUGCACCUCCGACCGCUGCCAAAUUCUUCAGGCGUUUGAUGCCUUUAUUUACAUCUUCUUCGCGCUGGAGAUGGUGGUGAAGAUGGUGGCUCUGGGGAUUUUUGGCCGUCGCUGUUACCUUGGCGAUACAUGGAACAGGCUGGACUUUUUCAUCGUCAUGGCCGGGAUGGUAGAAUACUCUCUUGAUCUCCAGAACAUCAACCUCUCUGCCAUCAGAACAGUGCGAGUUCUCAGACCUCUCAAAGCCAUCAACAGAGUUCCCAGCAUGCGGAUCCUGGUGAACCUGCUCCUAGACACUCUGCCCAUGCUCGGGAAUGUGCUGCUGCUCUGCUUCUUCGUCUUCUUCAUCUUUGGCAUCAUUGGUGUGCAGCUGUGGGCAGGGCUUCUGCGCAACCGCUGUUACCCCGAGGACAACUUCACACUUCCGUCCGGCGUGAUGCUCCCCACUCCGUACUACCAGCCUCAGGAGGAGGACGAGCGUCCCUUCAUCUGCUCAUUAGCACAAGAUAAUGGGAUCAUGUCAUGCUCUGACGUUCCCCCGCUGAGGGAGGGAGGGGUGGAGUGCUGUUUGGAUAAAGAGGAUGCUCUUCAGGUCCUCGGGUCAGAACUGCUCUUCAACAGUAGUGCCAUGGGGCUCUGCGUCAACUGGAACCAGUACUACACUCGCUGUGUGACCGGCAGCAGCAACCCCCACAAGGGCGCCAUUAAUUUCGACAACAUCGGUUACGCCUGGAUUGUCAUCUUUCAGGUGAUCACGUUAGAAGGUUGGGUGGAGAUCAUGUACUAUGUGAUGGAUGCUCACUCGUUCUACAACUUCAUUUACUUCAUCCUGCUCAUCAUCAUCGGCUCGUUCUUCAUGAUUAACCUGUGCCUGGUGGUCAUCGCCACGCAGUUCUCGGAGACGAAGCAGCGAGAGCACCAGCUGAUGCAGGAGCAGCGAGCUCGCUGUCUGUCCUCCAGCACACUGGCGUCUCUCACUGAGCCGGGAGACUGCUACGAGGAGCUGUUCCAGCUGGUGUGUCACGUCCUGCGGAAGGCUCGCCGACGCUCCGUUGCCCUCUACUACACCCUCCGGGGUAAAGCUCCGCCCCCUGGGGGAGGGCGGGGUCGGAGAAGAGGAGGGGAGAGAGCUCGGAAGUGCAAUGGACAUCCACAGACAGAAAGAAAGCUUCCUUCUCUCCCAGGAUCUCGGUGUCCUCACCACAGUAAAGCUGAACAGAGCUCUCAGUCUCUGGAUAACUCGAUCCCACUUUCACUUCCUCCGAAUCCUGAAGAUUGUCCUGAGUGCUCUGCCCUGUCAGUGAGGGAGGGGCCAGGGGCAGGAGCAGGGAGCGACUUGGCCAAUGGUGAGGAAGGAGAGGGAGCACUGGAGGAGACAGACCGGGAGGAGAACCACUUAGAGGAAAGACUAGACGAGGAGGAGGAGGAAGAUGAAGAGGAUGAUGAAGACAUGGACAGUCAGAAGAGGAAGAAGAAAAAGAAAAGGAGGCGGUCGUGCUUUUGGAGAUGUAAGGACUUAUGGGACGAGAUGAGAGUGAAACUGUGGAGCAUCGUGGAGAGCAAAUAUUUUAACCGAGGAAUCAUGAUCGCCAUCCUCAUCAACACCAUCAGCAUGGGCAUCGAACACCACAACCAGCCUGAAGAACUCACCAACGUGCUGGAGGUCUGCAACAUCGUCUUCACUAGCAUGUUCACUCUGGAGAUGAUCCUCAAACUCACAGCAUUCGGCUUCUUCGAGUACCUGAGGAACCCGUACAACAUUUUUGACGGAAUCAUCGUGAUCAUCAGUGUGUGUGAGAUCAUCGGUCAGUCUGACGGCGGUCUCUCCGUGUUGAGGACGUUCAGGUUGUUGAGGGUAAUAAAGCUGGUGCGCUUCAUGCCGGCUCUUCGCAGGCAGCUUGUCGUUCUCAUGAAGACCAUGGACAAUGUAGCUACCUUCUGCAUGCUUCUCAUGCUCUUCAUCUUCAUCUUCAGUAUUUUGGGGAUGCAUAUAUUCGGCUGUAAGUUCAGUCUGAAGACGGAUGCUGGAGAUACGGUUCCUGAUCGGAAGAACUUCGACUCUCUGCUCUGGGCCAUUGUUACUGUCUUUCAGAUCCUGACCCAGGAGGACUGGAACAUGGUCCUGUAUAAUGGCAUGGCCUCCACCUCUCCUCUCGCUGCUCUCUACUUCGUGGCUUUGAUGACUUUCGGGAACUACGUCCUGUUUAACCUGCUGGUGGCCAUCCUGGUGGAGGGCUUUCAGGCCGAGGGCGAUGCUAACAGGUCAUACUCAGAUGAUGAUCGUUCCUCCUGUAACUUUGAUGAAAAGGAGAAAGAGAAGGAUCCUCUCCAGCUCUCAGAUCCUAAAAUCUGCACUCUGACCCCAAACGGACAUCUGGACCUGGCGCCGAUCCCCAACUCUCUCGGAGUUUACUCCGCCGAGCGCCUCAGCUUUGCCCUGGGAUCCAGAAAGAGCAGCGUGGGUUCCGGGCUGGAGCAGAGAUCUGCGUUUGCAGGAGGAUCUUCUCUGUCCAGUUGGAGUCGUCGAGCUCCUCAGGGUUCGUGGAGUCGCAGGUCGAGCUGGAACAGUAUGGGGAGGCCCAGUCGGAGCGUGGGGGUGGGCGCAGGGGGCAGUCUGAGGGUGCGAGGCCCUCAUUCGUACCAGGCUGAACAUGAAUCAUUACUCUUUCCUCCUCCUCUACAUCCUCCUCAUCCUCCUCCGCUCUUCUCCAGACAUUUUGUCCCGCGUAGGGAUCGCCGAGCUCUCUCUCUGGAGCUCCCCGAGCUUCUGCAGGUCCCAGGAGCUUCGCCUAACGCUUUACACUCACGCCAGCGCGAGAAAAGUUUCUCAGGAGGACCAACGGGAACGGCCGUGGAACAUCAGGACUGCAAUGGCAAGACACCAGCGGCUCAGCAGCAGAUCCUCAGCGAGGUUUAUCCUCAAGUCAACACUCGCAAAGACCGAGACGACCUUGAGGACGAGAUCGACUACAGCUUGUGCUUCAGGAUCCAGAAGAUGAUGGAAGUUUAUCGUCCUGACUGGUGUGAGACGAGGGAGGACUGGAGCAUUUUUCUUUUCUCCCCACAGAACAGGUUUAGGUUGAUGUGUCAGUCCAUCAUUGCCCAUAAACUGUUUGACUACGUGGUGUUGGUCUUCAUCUUCUCCAACUGUAUCACUGUGGCUCUGGAGAGACCCAAAAUCCUUCAGGGCAGUCUGGAGAGGCUUUUCCUCACCAUCUCUAAUUAUAUCUUCACUGCUAUCUUCGUGGGUGAGAUGACACUAAAGGUGGUGUCGAUGGGGUUGUAUCUGGGAGAUCAGGCGUACCUGAGGAGCAGUUGGAAUAUCCUCGAUGGUUUUUUGGUCUUCGUCUCUUUGAUUGACAUUGUGGUGUCGAUGGCAGGUGGAGCUAAGAUCCUGGGGGUUCUCAGGGUUCUGAGGCUUCUGCGCACACUGCGCCCCCUCAGGGUGAUCAGUCGAGCUCCAGGCCUCAAGUUGGUUGUGGAGACUUUGAUUACGUCUCUGAAGCCCAUCGGGAACAUCGUUCUUAUCUGCUGUGCCUUUUUCAUCAUCUUUGGUAUCCUUGGAGUCCAGCUUUUUAAAGGAAAAUUCUUCCACUGCCUGGGUCUGGACGUCAGGAACAUCACCAACAAGUCUGACUGCCUGCUUGCCAAUUACAAGUGGGUUCAUCACAAGUACAACUUUGACAAUCUGGGACAGGCUCUCAUGUCCCUGUUUGUACUCGCUUCCAAAGACGGCUGGGUCAACAUCAUGUAUCACGGCCUGGAUUCUGUCGGAGUGGACCAGCAGCCGAUCAUCAACAACAACCCCUGGAUGCUGCUCUACUUCAUCUCCUUCCUCCUUAUCGUCAGCUUCUUCGUGCUCAACAUGUUCGUAGGCGUGGUGGUGGAGAACUUUCACAAAUGCAGACAGCACCAGGAGGUGGAGGAGGCCAAGCGAAGGGAGGAGAAAAGACUCCGGCGUAUGGAAAAGAAGAGACGGAAAGCCCAAAAGUUGCCGUAUUACGCCAGUUACAGUCACGUGCGUCUGAUGAUCCACAACCUGUGCACUAAUCACUACCUGGACCUCUUCAUCACCUUCAUCAUCUGUGUGAACGUGGUGACCAUGUCUCUGGAGCACUACAGUCAGCCUCGUUCUCUGGAGAUCGCUCUCAAGUACUGUAAUUAUUUCUUCACCAGCACCUUUGUGCUCGAGGCCGUGCUGAAACUCAUCGCAUUCGGCUUCCGACGCUUCUUCAAGGACAGGUGGAAUCAGUUGGAUUUGGCGAUAGUGCUGCUCUCAGUGAUGGGUAUCACACUGGAGGAGAUUGAGAUCAGCGCUGCUUUACCCAUCAACCCCACCAUCAUCCGCAUCAUGAGGGUUCUACGCAUCGCCCGUGUGUUAAAGUUGCUAAAGAUGGCGACAGGAAUGAGAGCUCUGCUGGAUACCGUGGUACAGGCUCUACCUCAGGUGGGAAAUCUCGGCCUCCUCUUCAUGCUGCUCUUCUUCAUCUACGCUGCAUUAGGAGUGGAACUGUUUGGAGAACUCGUGUGUAAUGAGGAUUAUCCGUGUGAGGGAAUGAGUCGACAUGCCACCUUCGAGAACUUCGGCAUGGCUUUCCUCACGCUUUUUCAAGUGUCCACGGGUGAUAACUGGAACGGCAUCAUGAAGGACACACUGCGCGAGUGCCCCCAAGGCGAGUAUAACUGUAACCCCAGCCUGCAGUUUAUCUCUCCGCUGUACUUCGUGAGCUUCGUGUUGACGGCGCAGUUCGUCCUCAUCAACGUGGUGGUGGCCGUGUUAAUGAAGCACCUUGAUGACUCCAACAAGGAGGCACAGGAGGAGGCAGAGAUGGACGCAGAGAUUGAACUGGAGCUGGCACAUGGUGCCCUCUGCUGCAUGGGAGGUCUGGCAGGAGGAGGAGUUGGAGUUGAAGCUGGGAAGAGAGGAGGAGAAGGAGAGAAGCCGGAAGGUGGAGGAGGUGGAGGAAGCUCUGGAGAUGCAACACAUUCACUCGGAGAACAUAAAAGCAACAGCUCCAAAAAUCUGUACUCACCUGUACAGGAGAACAUAUGGCUGGACAGCGUGUCUCUGCUCAUUAAAGACACGUUUGAUGGAGAGAUGUUAUUGAUUGACAAGCUCUCAGGCUCCGUCUUCCAUCACUACUCAUCUCCAUCAUGUAAAGACUGCAAGAGUCACCCUGAGGAGAUCCACAUGGCUGAGCUGGAGCGAAUGUCUCUGAGAUCAGAGCGAAUCUCAGACAGAUCUUCCUCACCAGUGCGCUCUGAUGACCUUGCCCUGGACGAGCAGAACCUUUAUCAGAUGGAGAAAAGCUCUGAGAAGGCAGCAGGGGGUGAAGAAGCAGCCAGAGCCAAAGACGGAGGUCACAGAUGGAUCCGGAAGCCUUACACAGCGAACCGCCACAGCAUCGGUGGGACUCUGUGCAGCAGCAGCAGCAGUAGUAGGAAUGAUGGGGGUAUUGAGAGUGAUUCCUCCACUGUCUUCCAUCUUCCUGCUGAGUUUUUCCAUCCAGCAGCAGCAGUGCUCCCGGCCCCCCCGAGGGCUCGCCUGGGUCACAAACCCCGAGGCCUGAGGCUGACCUCUCCAGCAUCCUGGGCCUCUCUUCGCUCGCCUGGGGCCAACCUUGAACUUCUCACUGCACAGGUGCACGCGUCCCACAGCGACUCGUCCCUGGCUACAGGAAGCUCAGAGGGAAGUCUUCAGACCACUAUGGAGGAAGGGCUUAGUUUCAGUGUCUCGUUGUCACAGGAGCCCAGCAGAGGACUUUCCACAGAGACACUGAGACCAGCCAAUGACCCUCAUGCUAACAGAGGGGUCCAGAGUAGCUGCCAGGGUUCUGUAGAGCCCUUAAACGGUUCCACCAAGGCCAGCAACAGCGAACAGUUAACAGAAACACUGAGCAGCCAUUCUUUAACAUCACUGCUCUCGCCAAGCUCUCUGGUGCCCCUGCUGGUCAAGAAAAGCAACAGCACUGGAAGUUUGGCGUGGGAGAAAGGGGGAAAAGAAAUCAAAGGGGGAAAGGAAGGAUCAGAAGAAGUACACCUGCUAGAUCUUCGAGUUAAGGGAAAGGACCAGGAGGAAGCGUCGGGAUUUCAAGAAGAAUGUACGAGUCAAGUAAGAGUGGCAGGUUUGAGAAAAAACAGAUGAAACACACUUUUUUGGCGAUCCAAUUUAAACAGUCUGCAACUUUUCCGCUGCGUGUUUUUGUUGCAUUUUUCUGCACGGGGACGUGCAAAGUUUAACACGUGACAUUCCAUGUUAAGAAAAAAAAAAUACAAAUCCUGAUCUAGCACUGUCCCUCUCAUUUGAUCCGUGGCCUGGUCCUGUUUUCUAUUUUGUUCACAAGAGAGGGAUGUAGACGAGCUGGAUCCUUCUGGAAAUGCACGUCUGACCCUCCAGGGCAAAAGAUGAAGAGGACAAGACUCUAGAAAAUCACCACCAAAUCCUAAAUCCUGAUGCUCGAGGGAGUUUACAUCAGGACGUCUAAAUGCAAGUGCAGUAGGAUGUAGCGGUUUUGUUUGUAAAUUAAAUGAGUGGCAAAACAAACAAAAAAAAAGACAUUUAAAGUCUACAGAGGUAUUGCAAGAACUUUUGCAUCUUGUAGAAAAGGGCAUGUAGCCGGGAAAAAGAGGGCUGAAAAAAAUUCAAGCUAUAUUUAGCUGCAUUGUGCACACAAAGUAAAUGCUUGCAUGCGUCUGUGUGUGUGUGUGUGUGUGUGUGUGUGUGUGUGUGUGUGUGUGUGUGUGUGAUUGAACCACAUUGCAUUCUCUGCGUUUUGCAGAAUGCAAUAAGAGGCUGAGGGGAGAGACCAGGUUCAAAGGAAAAAAAGAAGAAAAUAUAACGGCUGUCGAAGAAAAGGAGGGAUAUUAAUAUUUUGCAUGACAGCAUCUCUUUAGAGACGACUUGAAAUUUAUCCACACAUACAGAUCCGUAUGAUGAUGUCAAUGCAGGACGAAAGCGUGUGAUUUUUACUGAGAUAUUUUUUUAUAAACAGGUCAGCGCUGAUGUAAAGGAGGGAAGUGCGUGUGUUAUUGUUGCCUUGUCCUCGUCCCAGCCCUCCUGUAUCUCUCUCUGAUUUCAACUCUUACCUGCAAAUGACUUCCAGUUUUCUAACUUUUGGAUUAUUUUUUUUGUAUGUGGUAAGAAAGAGACAGAGGAGAGUUGCUUUGGAAUAUUUGUUGGCAAGAAGCAAAGAAGGACUAAGCAGCUCUUCAAUCACACAUGCAGCAGAAACAUCACGAAGCAGCUGCACCUGAGCGGAACGAGAAAAGUGUUACAGAUUCAGCGAGAGCUUUCAUUUCAGUGUCAUAUGAAUUAACUAGGUUUAUUAGAUUUGCAACAGAUCCAAUUAUUUAAGCAGCACUCUUCUCUGGCAUGGUUGGUUACUCGACCGCAGAAGGAUGCAUUAUUAUUAUUAUUAUUAUUAUUAUUAUUAUUAUUAUUAGUUGCACUCAUUCUCCCUGUCGGUUGCAACCAGUCAUUUGGCAAAAAAAUCUAACAAACAAAACAACAACAGCAGAAAAAAAACACGGAACAUCUUUUAAACCUAUAAAUAUGGCACUCGAAAUACUCCAGAGGAGAUGGUGUUUUAGUCUAGUCCUACUGUAGAACUUAGUCUUCUGAUGUGUGUUUUUUUCUGUUUCUUGAAUUCAGGUGAAAAUUGUUUGGCUUGACCUGUUGACCAUGUUCUUUUCUUUCGAUCAGUAGUGGUUGUCUGUCUAUAACGUGGCGAUGUCAUCCAGUGACCGCUGUACAGUAUAUCAAUGGUGUUGUGGUUUUAGUCAAGACUACACUAGUUCCUGUCACAGUGCUCGACACGGUGUUAGCUUUAGGUUUAAAGUGUUAGGUUCAACAACAAAAAAAAAAAAAAAAAAAAAAAAAGGAACUCACAUUUGAAAGGGCUUUCUCACUUUCCAAGCCUGUCUUGGAGACCUGAAGGCAAAUCUGCCGUCAGUGGACCAGACAACAAACAGGAACCUGAACAUACAGCAAUAAAGCGUAGCUUUGUGUUUGCCCUGCGUCUAAACAUGUUUAAAUAUAAUGUUAUUUCAAUAUAAUCGAAUAGUGCACAUAGUGAACAUGAUUUUGGGGGCACCGUUUCUCAUUACUUGAUAGGGUGAAUAGAGGUCGUUUAGAACUCAGGGCCUUGGAACAUACCACUAAAGAGAAUGAGACCUGGAUCUUCAGACAGGAGUGAAGGAAGGGAUUCUUUUCGUAAGCUUACGUAAACGCAUCGUGAACAUGGCACAACACUUUGAGUGCUGACUGUCACUAAUCGAACGUGUCUCGUGCUGUUACACUCCAGAGCAGUGGGGCUUAAGAAUCUUUAUAAGAACAUUAGAUUACAGAUGUGCACGUGACUAAUUCUGAACAAUCAAAGGAAUUCAGAGCAAUUCCAGCUGUUCCUCUGGACACGCGUCCCCAAUUCAACUGUAGCGUUUACUCUCAUAUACGCCUCUGAUGAAUCCCAUCACCUCUUAAAGGAAUCCUCAUCAAUCCUGUGAUCUGAUGUGACGCCACAGACUAAUGCCACCAGCGCCACCUGCAGGGAUCGAUUGUUCAUAGCUGCUGGCAUUAGUUUCUCAGCUGUUGUUUUUUCUUUCCCAAAAUAUAAAUAGAGCAUUUACUCCACAGAGCCCCAGACACAGAUGAAGCAGUUACUGUGGGUGAAAAACGUUCAUACAAGCACAACUCUGCAUCAAGACACGUCUUAAAGCCCUGCAAUGGUCAGAAACGAAUAAACAGAUGUUCGAUAAGUGACCUUUAUUGAUUACAGGAAUAUAAUUCUACUCAAAUAGUUACCAGGAAAUGUGCACAGAUCCCACUGAACUGUAUUCGAGUGUCAUGUCAUGUUUAUGAAGGCUUAUGUAGGUUUAAUAUUUAACAGUGUGGAGUAUUAGACGAGGACUUAUUGAGCACUCGAAGCCAGACGGACUCGCCACUGUACCACUACUGAGCUUGAACGUAUGUACUUAUAUCUCUGUAUAUUGAUCUGCAUGUGUGCUAUGCUACCAAUGAUGAUGAAACCUUCAUGCACAGUUUUCCAGUCUUUUUUUAGGGGUGAGAAAGAUUUAUUUCCAUUUUGGACGCACUCGUUUUUUUUCUUUUCACACCCUAAAAGUCUUCCUUGAGUUGUUCGGAGCUGAAGCAGUGUUGCUGUAUGAGUCUACAUUAAGAGGUGGUGGUGUUUUGGGUUUUUAAAAUCUAUUUAUUGCACAUGUCCAGUGAUCAUCACAUGUAACAGUCACGUCUGUUCUGAAUCUGUUCCUCUUCACCCAGAACUCGUUCAGCACUUAUUUAUUCAAAGCUUCCUCUUCUUAUUACCUCUCAAUCUUUUAGCUAUUUCUUCCCCACUUCAUAUAUAUAUACAUAUAUGAAUAUUCAUGACUUCCUGUUCUCAUUAAACACUCACUCUUUCUGUUAAUUGGAUGUUAUUUGUUUCUUAUUUAUUCCAUAUUUGGUCAGAGCUUCCUGAUCUUUCUUAUUUAAGCUCUUUUGUCUCUGUUCUGCUCAUUGUGAAGUUUUUCAUAUUGCUAUAGAAAUGUAUUUCUUUUUUUCUCUAGUUUUCUACUUCCUGGUCUCUGUCGAUGUUUUUUCUCCCUGAUUUCUGAUCCUUGUUUUAUUUCCCAGCCUGUGUUUUGACUCACUUUUUGACCCUGGUGUAACCCACUACGAUUACUGGAAUAGCCCAAAUAAACACAACUCGAAUUCUU